CUCUGACAAAAAGAAGCACGAGUUCAUUUUGAGCAACGCAUGCGCAAAAUUUUCAAAGUGUUUGCUUUUCUGUGCACGUCGUAGAUGAUCUGAAGAUCUGCAUUAAUAUAUGCAUUUAGCCCAGUAAAUCAUAGAUGGAUUUGGUUGUGUUAUUUCUAUGUGUAUUUGUUAGUUUUAUAAAAACAUAUAAUGGACACGAUGCUCUUGCUGCUGAUGCUUUUGCUGCUGCUGCUGCUGGUUCGCCUGUGGGCAAUCUUCAGGGUGUACAGGCGCGUGGUAGCCCACCAAGAUUAAUGCCAAGUGUUUGCCGCAAGGAUGCGAACGGCAGCAGUUUGAGCGUGGAGAUUCGUCUGCCCUUCAUGGACAUGGAGUUGCGACAUGAGCGAACUCUCCACGUGCUGCGCACCGAACAUCUGCUGCUGGUGCUGCAUGGCCAGGAGCUCUUCCAGCUGCAACUGGGCAGUCGCGACAAGCGACUCGUCCGGCUCGGUGAACUGGCUGGUCGAGUGAGUCAACAGGAUGCGACUGUCGCUGCUGUGGUCAAUUGGCGACAGUAUCUGCUAUUGGCUGUGGCCCUGCCACAGUCGCUCGAGUUCUAUCAGCUACCACUGCAGACCCUCUUCAAUGGCAUACAGCUGCACUUUGAGCCCAUACAAGAGUUCGCACUGGCUGCAAAGCUGCAGCAGCUGCACCUGCUCAAACCCAAUCCCGAACAGGUCCUGCUCUUGCUGGCCAGCAACUUCACCCAAACUCAGACAAAGUGCAGAACCUUUGAGUGGCUGGAGACUUACUUCAAUCCCGUGGAGGAUUUCAACUUGCCGGCAAUUAAAUCCUUUCAGGUGGUGGGUCAUCAGCCUCACUAUUUAGUCACUGGUCGCUCACUGCGCGGACAAGCCAAACUGGCGCUCACUGUCCAUGAGCUGUUGACGCCCUCUCUCCGGCUGCAGCGCCGUCAGAGUUUAACUGUACAAUCCCGGCACUUGCUCGCUGUCCGUUUUCGCAAUCGCAACUGGCUUUUUGCCUGUGGCUCCAGCCCCAGUUCCAGCUCUAACUCUAGCUCCAGCUCCAGCUCUAACUCUAGCUCCAGCUCAAACUCCACACCGUGCAUCCUGUUUCGCAUGGUCGAUGGCAAGUUUGUGGUGUACAGAAAGCAUGUGCUGAGCCAGCUUCAGUUCAGUCAACUGGCCGCAUCCCAGCUGGGACAGCUGCUCGUCGGUGCGCGGUCGAAUGGCGAGGUGCUGGUCUUCAAUAGCCAUCGCUUGGACUGUUACAGUGGCUUCGGCGCCGAUCCCCAUCCCAGUGGCCUCCACACCCAUCUCAAUCCCCAGAACGAGAGCUUUAUCCUGUUGACGUAUCAGCGCAAUGCCGACACCACAUUGUUACGCAUGGUUCAGCUGGCUGGUGUCACAUUGCCACCUGCCACCAUGGAGCCCUUUAGCGAUGAUUUGAGCAGUGUGCAGCAGCAUCGUCAUGAGUUCGAGGAGUCCAUUGGUGAGCUGCGCAGCUUGUUGUUGCGCCGCAAGCAACAGCUGGACGCAGUGCGUCAGUUGACACAAUCGCUGCAGCAGCGCCAGAACAGCACCACACUCAAUCUGCAGCAGGCACUCCAUGUCGCCAGGGGAUCACGCAUUGAGCAGCUGCAUCUGCGGGGACAGCAUCUGGCGACACCCACACAACUGCAGCGGCGCAUUGAGCAAGUGCGUCAGAAGUAUGCAGCCAGUGGACGCUAUCCACGCUCCUUUGGUGUGGCCAAUGAAGGCCACAGUGCUGCAGCUCUGGACACGCUCAAAGUGCGUCUCUUGCAUGUGAACAAUCUCAUUUAUGAUGGUGAACUGCUGCCAGGCCACUAUGUGGACUCGUCGGUGCCACCAAUUCUCACCGUCAAGGGUCAACUGCUGACUAAGCAGCUGCACACCCAACAGUUGCUGGCACCACAACGCUACCAGCGGUCCGCAAGUGCCGCAGUGGAUGAGCAACAGUUGGUGGUGCGACAUCUUCAGGUGGAGCGCAUCAAUAAUGUGUCCUGGUUCGAUUUGUAUGAUUCACUCUUUUUGCACUCACGCGACACUGAGAUCGAGGGUCGUCUCGUCAUCCAAUCUCGCGGUCGAGUGGUGAAUCUGCAGUCGCCGCUGCUCAAUGGUCUGGUUGUGGAGCAGCUGUUCAAUUUGCGGCAGCCGCAGGUGAUUGCCUCCAAUGUUUACAUGUCCGCUUUCUAUGUAUCAAAAUUGGACGCCAAUCUCAUCAAUGGUCUCAACUUUGCCGAGGACAUUGUUUUCCGUGAUGUCAACAAUACCCUAAUUAAAACACCCGUUCGCAUCUAUCAGAUGAGCGUGUCCGGCGAUAUGCUCGUUGCCAACGACACCAAAUGGGCGCGACAAAUGGGCGGGGCAGAGAUGCCCGCCUUGAAUCUACAGCAAUAUUACACGGGCAGGAUUACAGUGAAUGGCUCCUUGACCGUUAACAAUUUACAGGGGGACACGAAGGCGACGCAGCUGGAGCUCAAUGGGCAAUCUCUGCAUGCACAGGACUUGCACGCCGAAUACUUGCUACUCCACAAGCCGCAGAACCUAACGUCGCUGAUAUUUGGGCAUGCGAAAGUGUCGACUGUCGCUCUGAGCAGCGACCACAUCAAUGGUCAUCCCAUCGCUGAGCAUCUGCUCAGUGGUGUUGGCCAUAAGGCGGAUCCAGCACACAAGCCUCUGCAACUCAUAUUCAUGAAUGCCAGCAUCGAUGGGGAUAUUAACUGUAGCAAUUUGAGCUCCCGUUUGGCUGAACUCUCCAGGGAUGCAGUGCGUCAGGGUGAGACGGCAACCAUAACGGGACACAAGCAUUUCGUUGCACCAGUAAAAGUGGACACCUUGUCCAGUUCCAGUCUUAAUGGAUUGCCCAGCUCGGAGCUGGUGCUCAAGUCGCAGCUGAGGCACAACUUUACCGACUUCAAGGCGUUCAAACGCCUUGUGGUCAAGGGUCAACUGGAGAUUACGGGCAAUUUGAAUGCACAGCGCCUGAAUCGUGUGGACUUAAGAAAGAUGUUGCAGCCAGCAAUGAGCUUGCAGCGUCUGGAACUGCUGGAGACGCCACACUUGCAGCAUCUGGUAUUCCAGCGACUCAAUGGUCUGGCAUUCGAUGAGCUCUUUGGCAAGCUGAGUGUGGACAGCAAUCAGCAGCUGCUGCUAAACAAACAGCUCAUCAUCGAGGGCAAUGUGCGCUUCGAGGGCGAUCUGCAGCUGCAAUCCCUAAACGAUAUCGACUGGGAGCCGUACCUGAGUCGACUAGUUAAUGCAAAUGAAAACACUUUGCUUGCGGGCAGCAAGAGCUUUCUGCAGCCAGUUCUCAUCACAGAUGCCCUGCAAUCGCCCACAAUUAACCAACUCGAUCUGAGUUCGCUCUUGGAGAAUACAUUGUUGCGCACAACGCCUCAAUCGAUAAGUGGCGACUACACAUUCCGGCGCAUGACGGCCACAAAUGUGGAUGUGCCCCUGGUGAAUGGGGUGCCAGCUGAUCAAUUCCUGGAUACACGUCAAAAAUCUGUGCAGCUGCAGGGGGAUCUUUAUCUGGAUGAGCUCACAAUUAAUGGCAGUUUGAGUUGUCGUCUGGCCAAUAAUCCACUGCCUCAGCUGACUGUACAGUUGGCAGCGCUGCAGCAGCGCAGCUGGCGUCAGCUGAUUGUGCUCGAAGAUGCCCUGUGGCCAGAGGAGGCCACUGCUCCCAAUUGUUAUCAGCAGCUCGACUACCUGCGGCAACAUGCCGUACGUCGUUGGGGCGCCACACAAACCAUCUCGGGACAUGUGAUACUGGAGCAACCGCGGCUAGGCAAGGUUCAAGCACCGCAAAACUUUCCCGGCAACCUCAACAUAAGUCACGUGGCGCAGGAUGCGCUGUUGCGUCACGGGACAGCCACACAAAUCGUACGAUCCCCUCAAGCAAUGCGGCAAGCGGUAUAUGCGCGUUCCAUCAACCUGCACAGGGAUGCACAAUUUGGUUUGCUCAAUGACAUCGAUGUGAAUCGCUUGAAUGCCUCGCUCUAUCGUCGCUCCAGCGGCCUGCCCAUCGAGGCUCGACUCCAGUUUGCGACACCACCCAGACUGGAUCAGCUGCAGCUUGAGGGACAAUUGAAUGGCAUCGCAGUGGGCAACAUUUUUGAGCAAUCGCCGAAUGCGGUUUACCCAGCUGUGGUGUUAAGGCGACUGCUGCUGGAGCAUGAACUCCAGCUGGAUGAGAUCAAUGGCAUGAAUCUGGAGUAUCUGUUGCAGCAACGUGUGCCGCUGCGUGGCGCCGCCUUGGAACUAUUUGGUACACUGCGCUUUGAGCAACUGCACCUGGGUAAGGAUGCACUCUUGCGCAGCAUUAACGGUAUUCCCCUGCAGAAUGUCGUCUACAAAAAUGCGAAACGUGCCCAGGCCAUCAGCGGUGUGAAGACCUUCGAGGCUGGCCUCGAAUUCAAGGGACCUGCCCAUGUGAUGCGCCUGAAUGGCAAGGAACUAAGCGAAAGCUAUCAGCGCACCAUAUUCACCGAUCGCGACUAUAACAUCGAUAGUCUGUUCCUCGAUGGAGCCAUCUUCCAGGGUGGUCUCUUCAACGAUUUCGCAAUGGGUGAAGCUCGGCAAGCGGCCCAGUUGCCAACGUCUGACACGAGUAAGGAGAGAAAAUUGCACAAGUUGAUGGAGCAAUUGCAGCAACAGCUGGCCACAAAUCGCACACAUCGUUUACUCUACCUGGACUACGAGCCUGAUUUGGAGGCCAGCUGGAGUGAGCCGCCAGCAAAUGCAACAUUUGAAAUGGUAGCCAAUUACAGCGCACGAUCCACCAACGUUUGUCAGCCGCUGCAGCAGCAGCUGCGUGCCCAACUCCAACGGCAGCCGGCACGCGUCCAUCUCAGCUGGGUUGAGUUGCCCAAUCGUCUGCGGCGCCUCAAUGCAACUCGGCUAGCGUUGCGCAUCAGGGCACAAAAUUACUGCAACAAACAGCCGUUGCAGUUGCACAAUCGCAUUCGCAGUCGGAUACAAAUCAAUUGUCGGGAAGAGACGCACACCUUGGGACUGCCCCAUCAUGUGGAGUCACUGGAGCUGCUCGAGCAGCAGGAUUACAGUCUGCUAUUGAUUGACACGCUGGAGGAGUUGCGUGUUUUACGCAUUAAUCACACGAAUUGCAGUCUCAGCGAUUGGCAAUCACUGCCCUCCACCGGUGCCCUGAUGCAGCUGCUCCACCUGGAGCGGAAUGGCACAACACUGCUGCUAAACAGUGCCCGCCAUCAGCACUUGCCCAUUGUGGCUGUGCAACGAUUGGAUGCGCACAGCCAACGCUUUGUGCGGCUCCAGCAGAUCGAUGGUGACUACGAUAUGGCCGUAUUCCAUCAGCAGCAGCAGCAGCAACAGCAAGAGCAACAGCUGCUGCUCAGCUGCCACAAUUGUCGCCACAUUGCCAUACAUUUGUUUGAUGCGCAGAGUCAGCAUUUUGUGGCAUUGCAACAGCUUCGCCUGGAAGCACGCAUCCAACAGCUGUUGCCAUUUGUUGUCGCCCAGGAGCGACAUUUACUGGUGCUCACCGUGGCCGGCUCCAAGCAUUUCUACCUGUUCAGCUAUGCCCACAUCGAGGGCUGGCAACAGCGCACCUAUGGCCACAUGGCUGAGUUCCAGUAUUCCUGGCCACUCAUCCGAUCCGGUCAAGAGUUGACGGCAUCGAUGCCAGUGCUAUUGCUAUGCGGACAGCGCUUGUGCAGCCUGAUCAGAGCACUGCUCGAUUAGAAACCCCACUCCUCACUCCUCUCCCACUAUCACUGUGUAUUUAGGGUACUCCCACAAUGAAUCAAACUGUAUCAUCAUAUUACCCGAAUAAUCCAUUUACUUACUAUAUAUAAACUUUUUCGAAUAUUCAGAUAAUCAGCAUUAUAUAUGAAUUGCCAAACAAUUUUUUGUCUAAUAAAUUGCUUUAUGAAGAAAGGUAAACAUAAA